UAUGUAUAUAGAUACAUAUUACUUACAAUUCUCGUUGUUGCAGAAUUUUGAAACAAAUAUGUAUAAGGUGAGAUUUGAGCAGCAGCCAGAUGAAUCUACACCGGAGGAUAGCUGCCUCGAAACCGAUCCAACCGGCCGUUAUUUUCGAUUUGAGGAAGUUUUGGGGAAAGGAGCAUCGAAAACCGUGUACAAGGCGCUCGACGAAUUGCUCGGGAUAGAAGUGGCAUGGAAUCAAGUUAGGCUCGUUGAUUUGCUUCGAUCGCCGGACGACUUGCAAAGGGUCUACUCGGAAGUUCACCUUCUCAGCACGCUCGAUCACGACUCCAUCAUCCGGUUCCACACUUCUUGGGUCGACGUCGGAAACCGAACAUUCAAUUUUAUUACCGAGAUGUUCACUUCCGGCACCCUCCGAGAAUACAGAGCAAAGUACAAGCGAGUGAAUAUACGAGCUAUAAAGAUAUGGGCCCGCCAAAUACUCGAAGGCCUCGUAUAUUUGCAUGGCCACGAUCCACCGGUAAUACACAGAGACCUCAAGUGCGAUAACAUAUUUGUUAAUGGCCACCUCGGACAAGUCAAAAUCGGCGAUCUUGGAUUGGCAGCAAUUCUACAAGGCUCGUGUAGAGCACACAGCGUUAUAGGCACGCCGGAGUUUAUGGCACCGGAAUUGUACGAAGAAAACUACAACGAACUGGUCGACGUAUACUCGUACGGGAUGUGCGUUCUUGAGAUGAUUACUUCCGAAUAUCCCUACAGUGAAUGCACGAACCCUGCUCAGAUAUACAAGAAAGUCACAUCGGGUAGAAAGCCGAGGGCGUUUUACAAAGUUCAAGAUUUGGAAGCACAAAGAUUCAUUCGGAAAUGCUUAGAAACCGCAUCGAAGAGAUUAUCCGCGAAAGAACUAAUGCUCGAUCCAUUUUUAGCCGUUGAUCAUUUCGAUGAUCUGAUCUCCGAGUCAACGAUUAAAAACCAAAAACCUUUUCUGAACGACAAAAUUGAAUUUGAGCACCUCCAAUUGGAUGAUAAUGUUCCGAGAACCAAUAUGACUAUAACGGGGAAAUUAAACCCCGAUGAUGGAACCAUAUUCCUCAAAGUUCAGAUAGCCGAUAAAGAAGGUGAUGUGAGGAAUGUAUUCUUUCCGUUUGAUAUUGUUAAUGAUACUGCCCUUGAAGUCGCAAAUGAAAUGGUGAAGGAGUUGGAGAUAAAUGAUUGGAGACCAUCGGAAAUUGCGAAUAUGAUCGAUGGGGAAAUAUCGGGUCUAGUUCCCGACUGGAGGGCCCACCAUCCGCAGCCAGCCCAUUUUCAUGUAAUGAAUAAUUAUCAAGAAGAUGAUUAUGACCAUCAAUAUACUCUCUUCUCUCAUUCCUCGUCGUCCCAACUAUCGUCUCAUAGGAUGGAAACGAGGCCUCAGAAUAGUAAUUGGCUUCAAGGUGAAUACUUUGAUGAUACGAGCUCUCAGAGCUCCUCGCAUUCGGAGAAGUAUUCCGGUUGGGCUUAUGAAGAUAUGCUAAGCCCAUCAAGAUUCUAUCCCGGAGAAAACUCGGUUAACGGGCAAAAUCUCGCUAAAGUUUGCUACAGACAAAGCAAGAAUAUAGUGGAACCAAGAGAAGCUUCCGCUUCUAGAAGCAACUCCGAGAUUGAAAUGCCUAGGUUGACGAGAAAUCGGUCACUGGUGGAUACUCGAAGCCAGUUGUUGCAUCGUUCGCUAGUUGAGGAGGUCAAUAGAAGACGACUAUUCAAGACUGUUGAUGCUGUAGAAGAUAUCGGGUUUCGAUCUCCUUUUGAUGUUUCGGUGAAAAAUACGCAGUUUACGAGUCGGGCUAGUAGACAAGAUCAUAGAGCAAGAAGAGUGUAAUAUUUUGCUUCUAGAUAUGAAUAUCAUCUCAUCAAAUCGAUUAGGGGGAUGACGAAUGUAGGGUACAUUAUACAUGUAAAUAUAAAUAUUAAAUGUUAUAUUAAAUUUUAUGUAUAGGC